AUGCAGAAUGAACAAUUUCCUAGCCAGCCGAAGAGGUUGCGAAGCGAGACGAAGGCCUACGCUGAUAAUUCAUCAAACACAUCGUUCGCGGAGGAAGCUGUUGAUGGAGGUCCAGUAAAUAAGCGGGAGACGAUUGAUAAUCUGAUCAACACACUCCAACGAUUGCGGGACGACGAUAACCCACUUGGUCCGUCUACGGUGGAUCUCUUGAAUUUGGGUAUGACCAUCUUUCGCGAAGUGUUCUCCAGAGGAUAUGGCGUUCAAUCUUCCACCGCAACUACGUCAGACUUGUCCAACCAGGCUCAGGUUGAUACACGGAUUGUAUCGUCGUGGCGUGACGGAAACCUUCACGGAUUGUCCGUUCCUUACCUGCUUCAUCAACGGCAGCUGUGUUCGUCGUUUGCCGGUUCGUCACUUCAAGAAUUCAGUCAGUCUCCU